UUCACACUGGCUUGUUUUGGGGAAAUACAGUAUUUGCCGAUUUUGGGACCAUCUGGAGUCUAGUCUCUUUAACCUGUUAGGAAAUAUGAUUCGUGUUAUUGUAAUCUUGUUUCUUUCGGUAUAUACUAUGAGAUGUCUCAAACACAACGUGCAGGAUUGUUCUCGUAAUCAUUUUUACAAUGUUGACUUAGGACGAUGUACAAAAUGCCAUAUGACUGUCUGCUUCCCAGGAAUACCAUUCGGCUGUCACGACACGUGUGUGCAAAACUAUGCCAAACUGUUUGCGAACGAUAAGUGGGAAACCGGAAUAAAAACCUAUAAAGACAUACAACAAAAACUAGAAGACAUCCAUGGUGACAUAAUACGGCUCGUCUCCCAAUCUCUGAACACAACUGGGGGCGAAAGCGAACGGCUGAUAAAUCAAAAUACAUGCGACGAAAACUGUUUCAAAGACCUUAAUUUCAUCUACAGACUAGCGUUAUUUAUAUGUGUGUUUUUGGUUUUGAACGCAGCGUGUUUAUCAAUUUUGAUAUAUAGUAGCUGUAAAAAGAACAAGCAAUAUCAAGAGAUGUUGGAGAAGUCCAACGACAAAUUGGCCGAACAGUUGGCCACUUUUAAAAAUGAAGUUGUUUCACCACAGAUUCCUGGUCAGGUCGAAUUUCAGCGACAGUGUUCAAUACGGUCUUCAUCCUCAGCAUGAUCACAAAAUACAGGGAUUUAGUUUGGUUAAAACAUAUUUGCUCAAAGAGAUUUUGUAUACUUGCUUUUCGUAUCAUCAAUCCCGAUGAGUAUAUAUUUCUUAUGUAAAAAAUGAACGUUCUACGAUUUUGUGUAAAUAUUACCCAAAAAGAAGCGAAGUGAUAUAAUCAUUCACAUAUUGUAUCGUAAUGUAAAAGUUUAUAGUUAAUCAAGAGCUUAAACAAGACUCUUCCAUAAGUUAUGUAUGGCUGUAGAUACCUGUUACGUGUAAAUGUACGUGCUUGUUAGUCAAUAAUGACAACGAUGAUACAGAGAUAUAUCUUAGAGUAAAUGAGGUUAAUAGA